UACACUGUUUGUACUAUGUCAAAGAUAAAUACUUUUUGCAUUCAGUUUUUUAAAAGAAUAAAGUUUGAAUAUUUUGAUGACCUUGAUGAUAGUCAUUUCAGCAUCACACGCUUAAACAGAAUAAAGAACUUUUGUUUUAUUGUAUUUCUUUCUUGACAGACUUGUCAAUGUCUCUGUAAAAUAUAGUCACUGUGUACAGACUAGCAACCAUUCUCAAGUUCUCCUACUACAGCUUGGCAAUCCUAGAAUAAAAUUUAUAUCUAUGUCAGGACUACGAAGAAGUCGACCAGAUGAGCAAGAUGUUAUUCUACGUAAACUUCAUGACAUUAAAAUAUCACACACAGAAAGACUGUCGUCUUCUUCAAUCGAAGGUAACAGCAGUAUGAAAGAGUCUAUAGAUGAUUCCAGGUCUCUAUCUUUACUAAAGAAGGAAACAUCAUCUGGAAACUUCUUAUCAGAACCUCAAAAACUUAGAUGUGCAUCAACUUCUGAACUAUACAGUGACAAUGUCUCCUCUGUUCACAAUGUUUUGAUGGAAUAUUCUACAAUUAAAACUCAAGAAACUUUGCCAACUUUAACGUUGCCAGAGGGCUCACUUCUUCUCUCAUCCUCAGGAAUAACAAACAAGAGUAUCAAAGUGGACCUGAGACCUGGUCAUUCAUCAAAGAUGCCUUUGUUGUCACCUCCUGGUCUAACGAAACGGCUCCGAAGUGGCAGUGAAUCUGGCAUUAGUCAUACAUUGCAGGCCGCAGACAAUAAAGAAAUGGUGUCAGGCUUCAACAAAAAAUGGCAUGAUCUGUAUUCUGUUCUGGAAGUUAUGAAACAAGAACCUUUUGAUGUUGAUAAAUAUCUGCAGACUGUAUCACUAGAUUUGAAAGAAAACACAUAUGACAACAAAAAACAAUCUGAACAUGAUGUGGAAGCUCUUCAUGCGGACAUUGUAAAGUUAAAAGAAAGCCUCCAGAAAUUGGAAACUGAGGUGAAACAUGUUAAAUCAGAAAGAGAUUGCGCCUUGAACUACAUCUGUGAAUUUAAGUCUACAAAUCAAACUGCCAUGGAUGAAAGACAAGAUAAUCUUGGUAUAAGUCAUUAUUACGAAGAAGGCAUUGAAGGACUAAGAGCAUCAGAUGUAACUAAGGAACAAGUGUUGGAAGUGAUGGGACAUCUUGUGAAAGAGUUCAAAGGUCAGAAAUCAUACUUAGACCGUCUACUACUUGUAGUCAUCACAAGAGCACCAUGGAUGUUGGAAGAAGUAGACGAAGCAGAGAUGUUACGAAGGUCAGAUUCUGAUGAUGACUAUACUGAUGAUGAAGUUUGGUGUUAAUAUGCUCACAACUCUAGUCAGAUGGUGGGCAUUGCUUUAAAUAUAGUAAUAUAAUCCUAUAGUUUUAAACUGAUUCAUGCAUUUAUCGACAAAUAGAUAUGAAUUUACCUAUGCAUAUACCUUGCAAUGUUUGACAUGAAUAAAAUAAAUAACUAUUAUAAUUAGAUGUAAAUACAUUAGUGAAAUGAUGAGCUGAUAUUUCACAUUUACUGUUCUUGUCUUUAUGUGAUAGUGUUUUUGUUGAAUUUGUUUUUUUUUAAAAUCAGUUGUAAAUAAUUCAUCAAACAGGCGUUAAUAUUCUUUCAAGUCAUUCUUUAGACAUUGGUUAGUCUGUUUUAAAUAGAAGGUUCCAGUUUUCACAUAUUAUUCUGAAUUUAGCAUUUGUUGGUUUGAAGAUAUUCAAUCAAACCACUUAUUCAAAUGAAUUUGACAUUCCAGUACUUAAAUUGUCCCAUUUUUUUUUCCCAAUUCAUAAUUUCUGUGUUUUUAAAAUGAUUCUUUAUUCUUUCAGUCUUUCAAUUGUUUUGACUUUUUAAGACAACGCAACACCAAUGUUUGUGAAUCAUUAAUAUAAAAUAGUUGUUGUGUCUUGUUUGAGAUUUUCUUUUUUCACAUGUUAUUCUGUUUGGAAAAAUCAUCCUCACCCAAAACACAAACAGGUAAUUAGUUUAUUGACUUUUCUAUAGCAAAUUGUUUAUUGACAUUGACUCAGUGGAUGACGAUUCCCGAACUCUUAAAGUUAUCACUAAAAUCCUAAUGUGAACUUUUGGCAUUAUUUGUUAUUUAAUUCAAUUACUAAGAUGAAUGUGUGAGAAAAGAUUCAAUAUUUUAAAAUUUAUUGCACUUUCAUUAGUAUUUUUUGAAAUUGUAAUAUAUUUUUUUUAAAUGUAGCAAAGACCUGUCAACCUGGUAUAAUGGUGAUAUAUGAAAUGAUGAUAUCUAAAACUCAUCAUAAAAAUAAAAUAAACAGAUGUUACCAGAAGUUACUGAAGGCAAGGGAAUUAUUUAGUCUUCUUCUAGCCAGCUUUUUGCUACCAUAUUUUAUCUUGUCACGCAAUCUGGACUGUAGAAAAAUGCCAUAUCUUCCUUAUUUGCUCUUCACUUGAUUGAGUUUGGUCUGUCUUGUAAUGUUGAGUAGAUGUAAGAUGCCUUAUCCUUUUAGAUGUCUUGUUUUAAAUGAGACGUUGGUUUGCUCUUAGCAAGAAAAGAUAUUAUUUUAUUAUUAUAGCUUUUAUAUAGCGCUAUUUUCAUGCUUAUAGCAUGCUCAAAGCGCUUUUGGUCCAAUCUCAUUUGUGGACCAGUGAGGGGGAGGGGGUAUCUAGGAGUUGGUUUUCCGUGCUGCCUUUAGGCGCUCAGUAAACACAACUCUGCCCGAGUCGGGUGUUGAACCUCGAGCCCCUUUCUAAGUAGCCAAGCCAAGUUCAAGCGCACUUGGUCUCUCGACCACGCUUCCCACAUAUUGCUAUUAUCCUGCUCAUUGGGUUUGUUUCUCCUAAGACCUAAAUAGUUCAGCCGCUCUUUUUCAUAGUUGUAGCUUAACAUUGUCAUUAAGGUGUUAGAGCGAGAAACAGAAUUUGAGUAAGUAGUUUGUUUUUUUCAACACAACUCUAAAGGUUUCACUGAAACCUAUACAUGUACUCAUUAGUUGUAUUAUAUGUGAUAGUGUUAUAUAAUAUUAUUAUAUAAGAUUAUUAUUAUAAUUAUAAGAUAAGAAGAAGAAGAAGUUGCUUUUAAUAAUAAUAAUAAUCUUUAUUAUGCAUGAGGAACUUUGUCUUACAAUUUGUGCAUCACACCAAACAAAACAUUAUAACUAUACAAAACCAAAAUAUACAUUCACACCAGACUCAUUCAGAAUUUAAAGUGAACCAGAGUUUCUUACAUUUUAAUAUUGUUUAUACUUCCCAUAAUGGUAAUUACUUUUAAUGCAAAAGUGCUCUUUAUUUUUUUUAUAAAUAUAACAUAUAUGCACAUAAUAACACUUUCAGCUGCUAUCUUUAUAAUUUUUGUUUGUGACAAUGUUUAUAUGUUUAAAAUUUAGAUUUUUUUUUUUUAUAACAGCACUACACCAAAUAUUUGCCUUAAAUAAUGAAUAUGGCAUUAUUCUGUUUUACUAUAAUAUGAAACAUAAAUUUCUAAUGAAGUUUUCAUGUUUAAUACUGGUACUUAUGGCUUUGUUUUCAAAUGUCAUUUUUAGUUCAAUUUAAUUUGGAACAUUUGUUGUAUACAUUGUCUUCUUCUGCAAUCUACUUUUAAAUCAAGCUUCCCCGUGACAUGGCAAUGAGCUGUUGGUCUAAACUGCCCAAAGGUUGGGAUGUUGCGGUCAGUGUUUAGGCCUUCUAUAACGAUUGAACUCGGUGCAGCUCCCUCUUCCUUGUCUGCUGAAAUUGUAUGACCUUAGUGGGGCUAACUUUAUGAAAUGCUUUUUAACAUUCAUUUUAACAUAUUAGGAAGAGUGAAUAUUUAAUUAAUGUUUAUUAAUAUUAUGAUUGCACUUUUACUUUUUUAAGAUAACAAUAAAAUAUGUUUUGAAAGUUUUUCUCUUUGUCCUACAGUGAAAAUAAUGGGGAAAUUAGUUAUCUCAUCAUCAUGCUGCAUUGUAAAUAAACAUCCACUUUCACCUUGAUUCCCUUUUGAUUCACAACAACAUAUUUUUUAUACACUAGAGUUUAUUUAUAAGGAUAAAUUUUAUAUAUAUAUUUUGAUAUAUAUAUAUAUAUAUAUAUAUAUAUAUCCUAGACCAAAUAACUGUAAUUGUAUUUUGGUCUAUAAAUAAAUCUUUAAAAAGAUUUUAUGUUUAUUAUUCUCUUUGUGGUGCUUUGUGCUUUGUAUUUCUUUAGAUGAAGUUUAUUUUAUGUAUGAAUUUACUUUUAAAUAUACUUUUAAAACAAAUUAUUGAAUGGACAAUCAAAAUGCUUUAUAUUAGUCUUUUAUAUAUAUAUUUAUAUUUUUCCUUGUUACUAUAGCAUUUUCUUCACAUUUGUUUCAUGUUGUAUUCAUAUUUGUUCAACAAUCUUUAGGUGAAAUAUAAAUUAAUAUAAAUUAUAUAGAUGAAACUUGUUUUUUUGUAUUUCAAAUUUGUUAAUAUACAUAAGUCCUAACGAAAAAAUGUUUUGCAGUUUCAAUAUGUACCAAAAGAUAAAAAGACUAGUGGGUUGAUCAUGCUGGAAAUCAAGCUGGCACUUUUUGAGACAUUUUUAUAAUAUUAGAAAUCUACCAUUGGCAUAGGCAUAGUAUGUAUAACAAAUAUACCUGACGAUGUAGACUACAAAAGAAUAUUACAUCCAUUCUUCUCUUAAGCAGAGCACGGCAUGACCUAAAUUGUGCUUAUGUGCCAUAAAAUCUAAUCUGAAAUCUAAAUCUUAAUCAUAGGCAGUAAAAUUAUGUUUCGAUGAAUACAUGCUCGGUGAAGAGCGUGGGCGCUGUUCACUAAAUUUUCAAUAAUCCAAAAACCCAGUUUCAGUCUCAUGAUGCCUAGUUAGCUUUGUGAUUUUAUUCACCAAUUAAACACAGACUUGCAAAUAGUAAAAUUAAUUUGAAUACCCCUGAUACAUACCUUAAUUAUUACACAUGUCAAUGUUAGUUGUUUUUUUAGCACUGUGCUCAGACAAGCAUGUUCAUAUUGCUAACUUUACUCAAUUUUAUUUCGUGGUGUAACUGAAAAGUUUUCAUCCCAUUCCAAAAGGGAAAAUUUACUUGUCUAGAUUCCAGGUGAUCCCUAGCAAAAUGGGAAAUUUACUACAGUGAUUUGGGUUAAACUGCAAAGGUCAUCUAAUUUAUUCCAUUAGAUAAUUCAGCAAUUAACAAUUUUUAAAAUGAAAUAUUAUGCUCAGUCUAAAAAAUGUUUAUGUUGUUUUGUUGUUGUGUUUUAUCAUGAGACAUUUUUGAUAGUUUGAGGCAAUGAUCUAGUCAUGUAAGUUAUCAUUUUACACCAAUUUUUAGUUUUGUUUUAUCUACAUAUAUUUGUAAUAAGUAAUUUGAAGACUGAAGAACAACAACAUAAGAGGAAACAAUGAGAUUAACUCAUAAUCUUAUAAUAAGUACCGGUAAUUUCUUUUUUACUGGAGUGAUUUUUUAACUAUUUCUUUGAUGCUUUUUGUUGUUUUUGUAAUUUACUCUUGAGCUCAACUUUUGUUAUAAGAAGUUUUGCAUUUGUCAUUUCAUUAAAUGAUUUUCAACAAUUAUUUUUAAAUAAUUGUGUAAUUAAAAAAAAUAAAUUUCAUUCUUAUUUACAAAACAAUAUUUCCUAAUGUCUUAAAAUCUGCUGAUGUUUCUCUACCAACAAAUGAUUAUCUUCUCCUCACAUUCAUGUUUAUUUACACUUUUGUUAAACAAAGAUUCAAAUUUCUGUAUAUAAUUGGGUUUUCUUGGCCGGUUCUAAAAACUUCUUGUGGUCCUGACACUUCUUGCGCUAGUGGUUUUUGAAUGAAGAUCUACAAGAAAAAACACUUCAUUUGCCACAAUAGAAAGUUCAAGAAGCAUAUUUUUUUAAAAAUCUUUUUCUAACAUGAUAGUCUUCAGUAGAUAGCUCUGUAGUAGAUCUCAUGUAUAACUGAGAACCUUGCUUUGGUAAAGAGUUAAAUAUAAGACAAUCUAGAACACAAGAGUUAUUGGCUGUUAUUAAUGUCUUUAUUAUUCAAAGUUCAAAGAUAGUGCAUUCCUUAUCUAUACUGUACCCAAAUAUAUAUGUAACACAUUCAACUCAAUAUUGUGUUUUGAUCAGACUGUUUCACUCUUGAUAUAGAAUUGCUAAAGUACCAAUGUACUAACCUGAGAUUAUCAAACUCUGUUUAUCUAUAUACACUUGUUUAUUUAUUGAUUUUUUUUUUUAAACCAUCUUUUAGCUGCUGUAUACUCCUAUUUUUUAAAUAGUGUCCUGUUGAAUUUGUAAAAAUUUGCAAUCAUUUAACUGCUGAAACUUUUAAUAAUAAAAUGGAAAUGUUCAUUUGAACGCAACUGAGUAAUUGAGCAUUUUGAAUGAACAGAAUCAUACUGAUUAAACAUAUUCACUAAA